UUCCCUUCUCUUUCCUUCCUUCUUACCCAUUCUUCAUCCAAACCAAGCCAUCCCAAGAGAGAGAAACCCAAAAAAAAAAACGAAAAUUCCGCAGAAAAAAAAAAGAAACGAAAUUAACGGAGAACAAAACCAUAGCAAAAAAGAAAAGAAACCCAGAAGACUCUGAUCAAAGAAAAUGAAGAAAAACUGCGAACUCUGCAAAGCUCCGGCUACAACUUUCUGUGAGUCCGACCAGGCUAGCUUAUGCUGGACCUGCGAUUCCAAGAUCCACAGUGCAAAUUUCCUUGUUGCCAGACACGUCAGGACUCUCCUCUGUCACCGGUGCCAGUCUCCCUCGCCGUGGAAAGCCUCCGGUGCUAGGCUUAGUAACGCGCUUUCUUUGUGUGAAACGUGCGGUUGCGGUGGUGGUGGUGGUGGAAGGAAAUUGGAAGAUGAACAGGGAGAAGAGAGUGAAGGUGACAAUGAGGAUGACGAUGAGGUAGAUACUGAUUUUGAUGAGGAGGAGGAUGAGGAAGAGGAGGUUGACGGUGAUGAGGAUGGUGAUAAUCAGGUUGUUCCUUGGUCUUCUACGGCGCCGCCGCCGCCGGCUUCGAGUUCUUCCGGUAGCGAAGAGUCGGUUAGUAAGUGUAACGAUAACGAUGAGGAGGUUGUUUCAAAGUUAGUUACAACAAACUUAAUUUCUUUGAAACGACGUCGUGAAGAGGAUCGUGAUUUUCAGGCUUCAGAUUCGAAAAAUUAUGUAAAUCAACGGAGGUACGGUGCUGAGAGGAGGAGAGACGACGGAGAACCGUCGUCGAAAGUGUUGAUCCGGCAAGUAAUUGACGGAAAAGGCCCGGAGCAUUGUCAGCCACACGAUUGAUGAGUCCGUACUAUAAGGGAUAUUAUUUUAUUUGUGAUCUCUUUGAUUAACUUUCGCUAACGAAACUCUUUAGUUUAUUUUUUUGUUUAUUUUGUAAUGAUAUUUUCAGGAUUAUGCUUGUGAUUGAUUAGAUUUUUUUAAGUAAUAUUUUUCUUGUUUAUAUAAUUAGGUAAGGAAAGAAUUGUAUGUUUUGAAAAGAAGAGAAAAAUCAGAUUAUGAAAUUUAAUGUAUGUUUA